AUGGCUGAACCACAGCCCCAUUCCCGCCCCAACACGCCGACACUGGGGCCCCCAGCCAUGCGCCGUCCACUCGAGGAAGAUCAUGCGCCCGCCAUCUCCUCCCCACUGAACCCUGAUGGAGCGACGCGUGCAAGACCGCCGCGAGCACCACCGCGUGAGCAGCGGGAAAAGCGCGAGACGCUCAAGAAGCGUGAAGCAUCAGCAAGCACUCGUCAAAGCACACCGGCGCCCAAAGUAAAUAAGGAGCGGCCUUUGGCGGACUCGCCCAUGCGAUACUCGAUUCCUGAGCCCAGAGCUUCCGACUACGAGCCACCCAAGGACAGUAUAUUGCUACCACACGAGCCCCUUCCACUCUACACGGCCGAUGGCAAGACGGAACUCAAGAAGCCUCAUGACAUUGCGUGGAACAAAAAGGGCUACAAGUACACCCACUGCGUCGCCGACCCUCUUUUCCGACACAAACAAUACUACCGCCAAUCCGACGCCCGUCCCUACGGCCCCAAGAUGAGCCACGAAGACUCGGACCGCUGGUUCUACUUUGACGACAGCGCAACCAUUGUCACACAGGAGAAAGGCUGGCGCAUGGGCCGCGGCAACGUUGUCGCGCGGGAGGGCCGACUGUACUACGAAGUCAAGAUCCUCAAAGGCAUCCCCGCUGACGGACCCAAAGACCCCAUUGAUCCACGCACCGGCGAGACAAGGCCCGGCCCACACGUACGCAUGGGCUGGGCACGUCGCGAAGCACCUCUGGAUGGCCCUGUAGGCUUCGACGGCUACAGCUACGGUAUCACCGACGCCCGUUUCGAAGCACAGCACCGCUCGCGGGCCUCCAAGAUCUUCAAACCACUGCCCAAAGGCGCCAAGAGCAAACACAUGAAGGCACGGCCACCCCACGGCAAGCCCAUGCCCGUCGAAUACAUUACCGACCAACAUGUCCAAGAAGGCGACGUGAUUGGGUUGGAAAUCCAGCUCCCCUCCCUCUCCAUGCACCGCAAAGUCGUCGAGGGCAUCUACAACCCAGCCGUAGACCUCGGCGACGGCUUCGACACAGCCAGCAACCAGGACCCCUUUGACCGCCCCAUCGACAUCAUCCGUGACCGCAUCCCCGUCCCCUACAAAGGAAACUUUUACUUUGAACAACUCGACUACCAAGUCACCAAAACAGUAGAAGCCUACCACGACCGCGGUCCCGUACCCAAGAUCCACCCGAGCCCCAACCACGAAGACGUCAGCGUACGAAGCCUGCCGCACUCGUGCAUCAAGGUCUACAAGAACGGACAGGAAGUCGGCAUCGCGUUUGAAAACCUCCUUGCCUUUCUCCCACCCGCGAGCGUACCCUCUGUCGAAGCUGUCAAGGCAGGCGCGCGACCAGGCUUCGACGAUGGCAUGGUCGGUUACUUCCCGGCCAUUUCGCUCUUCAACGGCGGCCAGGCCCAGGUCAAUUUCGGUCCGGACUUUUGGUGUCCGCCCGAGGAACUGCGUGCCCAUCAUGAUGGUGAUGAUGUUGCAAAUAUCCAACCUUCCACCCCGCAAGGCCGCAUGCUCCGCCCCAUUUCUCAGCGCUACAAGGAACAAAUUGCGGAAGAUAUUCUCUGGGAUAUUAUUGAUGAGGUUGACUUCUUUGUCCAGGAUGGUGGCUGGGAGUACAAGGGUGAGGCGCCUCAGGAUGUCGCAGGCAAAUCUACGCCUAGGGCGCGUGGCUUUGCUAAUCCUGAUGAGAAUCUGGGGCUGGAGGUUGGGAGGCGGUAUUGA